AUGUUAUCAACUAAUCCGUCAGUAAAUAUAAUUAAUUAUGAAUUGGAAGAUAUAUCAGAUGAUGAGAAUUUACCAAUUCCUCAAUUAUCUCCGAUCAACAAUAAUAUACUUCAACAAGUAAGUGAUGAACUACUACCAUUUGAGCCAACAUUAACAUCUCAAACAAAAUUACCUCAAGUUAAUUUACAUUCACGUCGAUCUAAUGAAGCACAAACAAGAAGAAAUAAACAAAGAAACAUUCAUCGUCGUUUAUAUCGUUAUCGUAAUUAUAAUAUAUUUGAUCGUUGGUCAUCGUCUUCGACUUUAUGUGAUAAUAAACUCUUGCGUGUCUAUCGUGGUCAAAUGCUUUUUCCGGCUGAUGUGAAACAAUUACAAUUACUUUCCGGACAACGCAUAAUUAUAAGUCAGUACACCUCUACGACAAAAGACAUCAACGUAGCAGAAGCGUUUGCUGGUGUAGGAAGUAAUGACCCUCAUAAAGAAUCAGUUAUAUAUGAGAUGGAUAUGAGUGUUAUCUAUGAAAGUUAUACCGAUAAACCAGAUCCGACUGUCUAUUACUAUGACAUCAGUUGUCUCAGUCAAAUGGAAGAUGAGGAGGAAGUUUUACUUCGCGUUGGAACGGUUUUUCAACUGGUGCGUAUUGAAAAAUCGACCGAUGGCAGUUGGCAUGUGAUCUUACGUCUAGAAAAAGUUGAUGAUUAUCGAAGCGCUAUCACCGUUCAUCGAACACCCGAUGAGGUCGUGGAUUGUUUUUUCCGCAAAGCAAGUCAAUGGCGGAAUAUCAAUCUCGAAAACAUGCGGCUAUCUACGGACAUGAUAAUUCGUAUGAGUGUUUUCAUCCGGCUUGGGCAUUUAGUUCGACAUCAUCCUCGAGAACAACUUCAGUAUUAUCAAUCCGCAUUAGCUAUCAUACCUUCGUGUGAAUUGGCCCUUCGAGAAGUUGGAUAUUGGGCAAUACGAAUGCGGUGCAUCUCGAGUGUUAAUGACUGGACCUCAGUGCCGGUGAACAUCUAUCGCCAAACUGUGUUUCAUGUUAAAGCAUCCCUGAGAAAUCAACUAAAUCGCGAACUCGCAGGCAUUGAGGAGGCACGUGGUGCAUUUCGUUCGGCAGCAAGGUAUUGCCAUCAAAUUUUGAAACACAGUAAUAAUUGUUUAGAAAAGCAAAUGAUGUCAAGAGAAAUAGAACGACUUAACAAAAAAGUCGAUGAUCUUCAACCGGUGUUACCACCAGGUCAGAUUGCCUAUUGGUACUUCAAUAUGGAUAGGAUCCUUGCUGUAGCAAGAAUACAAUCAGAAAAGCAUGGAGCUGAAGUUCAAAAAGUGUACAAUAUGUUUACGAAUCUCUGUAUGAAUGAAAUCAAGACUAGUGAAUCGUUUAAUUAUGCAUUUACGGAAUUUUUUCGAGAAAGACUCGGCUCGAAUCAAUAUAAUGAAGACGAAGACGCUGAUCCUUAUGACUUAGUGAAUAUGUCACAUUCAGCUGCUAUGGAAUACAUAGAAAACAGUGGUCCAAACAUAUCAGCACGUGAAUUGCUCAAUGCAUUCGGUGGAUUUGCUCCUCGAAGUAAUAUGGAAUGGAACAGCGAUGAUCAACAGCAUAGACAAACUGAUCAUGAUAGCCAUAUGGAUCUACUGAAACAGCAGAUUGGUGAAUCUCUCUCCGUCUCAAACUGCCAGCCUUCGUAA